AUGGAAACAAGCUUUAUUUAUCCCGAGAUGGCAACGCAAGCAGCAAGAGUCGAAACUUUCAACAAGAAUAGCUGGCCUCAUAAAAGAACCUCUAUGCUCCACCCAGUCAAGCUUGCUGAGGCAGGAUUUUUCUUUGAUCAAGCUCCUGAUGGGAAUGACCGAUGUGUGUGCUUUUCAUGCGGACUUUCUCUUGUAAACUGAGACCCAAACGACAAUCCUUUUCAAGACCAUUUAAAACACAUUGAAAACAACGAAGCCGGAGAUAAGUCUCACUGCACUUAUAUGGAACUAUUAAAGCAAUACAACCCUGGGAUCCUAGGAUUGAGCACUCAGAAAAAGCUUUACAUGUCGAUGGACGGACUUCCAGAAAUUGAAGAAAGAUAUGAUGCCCUUGAAAUCCGCGAAAACUUCAAUAAGAGACGAGAUUUUUUGAAAUCAAUCCUUGUAUCUACACUGUUAGAAGAAAGAUUCAGAAGAAAAGCUUAA